AACCUGGGAACUGGCGGCCCCCCAAACAGACGAGGGCAGGUGGCUCCGGGCACUGCCCACCCGGGCGCCCGCCGGAUGCGGUUCCGCCCCAGCGUCUCGGCCUCCCGCUGCUUCUAGUAACCCCUGGCGCCCGCCGCCGGCGCACCUCGCGCCAAUUCUCGAACGGCUCCGCGCCGGGCGCGGCGCGGGCCUGCGGAGCUGGUGGGGGCCAGACCCUCCGCAUUUAGCGUAGCGAACGGCGCCCGCGCAGGCGCAGGCGCAGGAGGGGGCGGAGCAGCGGGAGCCGGGGAGCUGGGGAGCCGGAGCCCCGGGUCCCAGCGACCAGAGCCGGCUCCCCCAGCGGCGUCCUGAGCACCCGGCUUUGGCCUCCUCCCGGCCCUCGAGGCUGGAGAGUGGAUGCUGUGGGGGGUGGGGUGGGGGCGGGGCAGCGUCGUCCGGAAUUCCGAGGACGGAAGGCAGAGGCCACCCCCAAUCCGGAUUAUUGGAGGGGAGAGAGACCCCCGGUUUGGUGGGGUGGGGGGAGAGCUGGGCGUUGAGCGUCCCCCGCAGCGGCCGCUGCCUUCAGCCGAAGGAUAUCUGCCGGCUCUCCCCCUCCAGCCGGGACGACUCCGACGACCAAGGCCAGGGACCCCUGUCCUUCAGGCUCUGCACCCCCUCAUCCUGGCUCUGGGACUGGCCCAGGGAGGAUAUCCUGCCCACUUCCCGCCUCUACCUUCCAGAGGAUCUGUCCUUCCACGCCCCAGAGCCUCCUGUCCUGACAUGGAGAGUAACCUGUCUGGCCUGGUGCCUGCUGCUGGGCUGGUUCCUGCGCUGCCUCCCGCCGUGACCCUGGGGCUGACUGCGGCCUACACCACUUUGUAUGCCCUGCUCUUCUUCUCGGUAUAUGCCCAGCUCUGGCUGGUACUUCUCUAUGGGCACAAGCGUCUGAGCUAUCAGACAGUGUUCCUGGCACUCUGUCUGCUCUGGGCUGCCUUGCGCACCACCCUCUUCUCCUUCUACUUCCGAGAUACCCCCCGAGCCAACCGUCUGGGACCCCUGCCCUUUUGGCUUCUCUACUGCUGCCCUGUCUGCCUGCAGUUCUUCACCCUGACACUUAUGAAUCUCUACUUUGCCCAGGUUGUGUUCAAGGCCAAGGCGAAGCGCCGGCCGGAGAUGAGCCGAGGCUUGCUGGCUGUCCGAGGGGCCUUCGUGGGGGCCUCGCUGCUCUUUCUGCUGGUGAACGUGCUGUGCGCUGUGCUGUCCCGCCGGCGCCGGGCACAGCCCUGGGCCCUCCUGCUGGUGCGAGUCCUGGUGAGCGACUCCCUCUUUGUUAUCUGCGCACUCUCUCUUGCUGCCUGCCUCUGCCUUGUUGCCCGGCGGGCACCCUCCACCAGCAUCUACCUGGAGGCCAAGGGGACCAGUGUGUGCCAGGCAGCUGCGAUGGGUGGCGCCAUGGUCCUGCUCUACGCUAGCCGGGCCUGCUACAACCUGGCGGCCUUGGCCUUGGCCCCCCGGAGUCGGCUGGAUGCCUUCGAUUAUGACUGGUACAACGUCUCUGACCAGGCGGACCUGGUGAAUGACCUGGGGAACAAAGGCUACCUGGUGUUUGGCCUCAUCCUCUUUGUGUGGGAGCUGCUGCCCACCACCCUGUUGGUGGGCUUCUUCCGGGUGCACCGGCCCCCACAGGACCUGAGCACCAGCCGCAUCCUCAACGGGCAGGUCUUUGGCUCCCGUUCCUACUUCUUUGACCGGGCUGGGCACUGUGAGGACGAGGGCUGCUCCUGGGAGCACGGCCAUAGCGAGAGCACCAGCAUGUCGGGCAGCCUGGGCUCCGGCAGUUGGUACGGCGCCAUCGGGCGGGAGCCGGGCUGGUGCGGAGGCAGCCAGACACGGACCACUCCUCUGCUCUUCUCCCAGGUGCUGGGACCAGGUGGCCACCACCACAGUCUCUACUCCACCCCACAGACGUGAUGCCCUCCCACUGUCCCCGCUAGAACCCCCAGACCCUAGUUCUCCCGUCCCAGGUCCCUGUGCCAAGUUCAUCUGCCGCUUCUUGCCCAGGAUCAUGAGAGGCUGUGGCCGCCUCUGCCCCUGGCCGGCUCCUUGCUACUCCUGUCAUAGUGAGCUUGUGCUGUCCCCUAGGAUGGGGGGGCGUGGCCUGGCUGCCAGAUGCCCACAGCACCUUGGCAUGACCUGCCGUCUCCACUUCUGCACUGGAGCCACCUACCUCUCCUGCACCUGUCACUCAAUAAACAGUGUCUGUGCCCCUCGUC